ACCCACAAUGCAAUGCUAUGCUAGCUGGUUCUUAGCGGAGUAGCCAGAGAGCAGAAAACAACAACAACAAGGGUGAACGAGGCUCAACAACAGGCUAGCUACUAGCUAGGCCAGCUACAUGGGUAGCGACAAAAACGACCAGGAUUUAUCAAACGCGAUGUCCUUAUCAUCUAGACGUAUAUGUGAGUGAUGUAAUUUUAGGUUUGGACGAAUCAUAUUUGCUGUUGCAUAUCGCUUUGCAUUUACAUUAAUCUAACCCAGCUCGAGAGCAAGCUAACUAGCAAUCGACGUCUCUCUAUGUUCGAAUAUUUUCCGGCGGCAGCAGCGGUGCCAUGAACAGUGGACUCCCAGCUUCAGCUGCUCCGCUCGGGGGUGUCGGAAUUCCCUGCGUCAAGGUGAAGUUCUGCCGAUACUACGCAAAGGACAAGACUUGCUUUUAUGGGGACGAGUGUCAGUUUUUGCACGAGGAACCGUCCAUGGCAAACAUGUCUCUUCAUGGUGGAGGAAGCCCUGUCCCUUUAUCCAUGUCAGGAGGAGCCGUGACGGCAGCGGGGUAUCCGCUUAGUGCACCCCCGGCCUGCCCGGUAGGGGUGCCGACCGUCACCAAAAAGAGCGACUCUCUUGGGUCUGCAGGCACGGCUCUGGAUGGACAGCUGUUAACCAUCCCUGGUAUGGAGGGUGGGACUGAUGCUAAUCUGACCAACUCCUACUUCAGCAGCAGCUUUAUUGGGGUCAACGGCUUCGGGAGCCCCGCAGAGUCUAAAUACUCAAUGAUGCAGAGAAUGACCAGCAGCAGCAGCAGCAGCAGUUCUCCCAGUCUCCUUGAUGAUGGUGAAAAGAACUUUAGCCACAGCGCUCACGAUCUAUUCCAUGGAACCCUGGCAGUUGGACCAGGUCAGAGUUGUGGGUCGAUGGAAAACUCUCCGUGGACAACACAGUCUUCAUUCCCUCUUCCUCUAUGUCCUCUUCCUGAUCCAGUUAGUUCUCCCAUGUCCUCACUCUUCAGUGACUUUGGUGCUCUGAGCAUAUCACAAAGGAGAAAGGCUCCCAACCCUACAGCCAAUGAGUUCAUCCCUAAGGGGGUUCCCCGCAUGGCCACUAUGGUCCAGUCCAGUGUUCCAGCCUUCCCCUUGCCCCUCUUCCCCCACCCCAGCCUCAGCAGCUCCACCGCCGCUGCCCUAGCACCCGGGAUGUCUCUUUCUGCAGGGUCCUCCCCCCUCCACUCCCCCAAAAUCACCCCCCACACCUCCCCUGCACCUCGCCGGCGCAGCCACACCCCCAACCCCAACAACCCCAAUCCGGCUAACUACAUGGUGCCCACCAGUGUGUCUGACCAGGGGGCCCACAUCAUCCAGAAGGAGACAGUGGGGGGGACCACCUACUUCUACACCGACAACACCCCCGCUCCCAUGGCCGGGAUGGUGUUUCCUACCUACCACAUCUACCCCCCCACUGCUCCCCACGUAGCCUACAUGCAGCCCAAAGCCAACGCUCCGUCCUUCUUCAUGGCUGAUGAACUCCGACAGGAGCUGAUAAACAGACAUCUAAUCACCAUGGCUCAGAUCGACCAGUCAGAGAACACCGGUGUUCCCUCUGAGGUGGAUAGCUACCACAGCCUGUUUCCCCUGGAGCCUGUCCCCCCUCCCAACCGCCUGCAGAAGACCAGCAACUUCAGCUACAUCACUUCCUGCUACAAGGCCGUCAACAGCAAGGACGACCUGCCUUACUGCCUGAGGAGGGUACAUGGUUUCAGGCUGGUGAACACCAAGUGUAUGAUGCUGGUGGACAUGUGGAAGAAGAUCCAGCACUCCAACUCUGUUACCCUGAGGGAGGUCUUCACCACCAAGGCCUUUGGAGACCACUCGUUGGUGUUUUCCUAUGACUUCCAUGCGGGGGCAGAAACCAUGUUUAGCAGGCACUUCAACGACCCAACUGCCGACUCCUACUUCACCAAGAGGAAGUGGGGACAGCACGAGCCCCCACCACCCCGGCAGCAUGCUGGUCUGCUUCCUGAGUCUCUGAUCUGGGCCUACAUCGUCCAGCUGAGCUCAGCUCUCAGAACCAUCCACACUGCUGGCCUGGCCUGCAGGGUCAUGGACCCCAGCAAGAUCCUUAUCACCGGCAAGACCAGGUUACGGGUGAACUGUGUAGGGGUGUUUGAUGUCUUAACGUUUGACAACAGUCAGACCAACCAUGUGACCCUCAUGCCACAGUACCAGCAAGCGGACCUGAUAUCCCUGGGCAAGGUGGUGUUGGCCCUGGCCUGUAACUCUCUGGCUGGCAUUCAGAGAGAGAACCUGCAGAAGGCCAUGGAGCUAGUGUCAAUCAACUACUCAUCAGACCUCAAGAACCUCAUCCUGUAUCUGCUGACAGAGCAGUCAAGGCUGCGAAGCGUCAAUGACAUCAUGCCUAUGAUCGGAGCUCGCUUCUACACACAGCUGGACGCAUCACAGAUGAGGAAUGAUGUCAUCGAGGAGGACCUUGCCAAGGAGGUUCAGAAUGGUCGUCUCUUCCGUCUGUUGGCUAAACUGGGCACCAUCAACGAGAGGCCAGAGUUUCAGAAGGACCGUACGUGGUCGGAAACGGGGGACCGGUACCUGCUGAAACUGUUCAGAGACCACCUGUUCCACCAGGUGACGGAGUCUGGGACCCCCUGGAUAGACCUCAGCCACAUCGUCUCCUGCCUCAACAAACUGGACGCGGGCGUGCCUGAGAAGAUAAACCUGGUAUCUCGUGAUGAGAAGAGUGUUCUGGUGGUGACCUACUCAGACCUGAAGCGCUGCUUCGACAGUACCUUCCAGGAGUUGCAGCAGGCGGCUGCCACUGGCCCCCUGUAGCGCCCCUGCCGCCCCCCACACACAGGCAGCGGGGUGGGACUGCCUGAACCCUGAACCUGAAAGCACAUUAUUGCACUACAUCGGAGGACCAGGCGCAUAGUGAUGGCAUCAUCAGAGGGGGCGGGACUUGCUGGAUCAGUCACAUACACUGUCUUAGCAACCAGGAUCAUUUUUUUGUUGUUUUCCUAAAAACCCAGCAGCUGCCACUACAAAUAGUGGACAGAAACGGAAGCUGUGACGAUGACAACAAGGAUGAUGAACACUGCAUUAUUUUACUUUAGAACUGGGGAACAAAACGGAUACUAAAAAAAUAAACCAACCACGUGGUAUUGAACUUUUUCCUGCUUUUUUUCUGUGGAGGAUUCACUAUUUGACUUUUAAUGAAUGUGUGAGUGGCCUACGAGAUGCACCUCCAGACAGAGCUGAAGUCACAGACACACACCGACACAGACUGAGAACUGAAUAGAAAUCAGGCUUUCUACUGCGUGUCUCUGCUGGAGACCACACCCCUUCAUACCAACACAUUAAGAGACGGGACAGACCACUGGAUGCUUUCUAAGGGGGUGGUCAAAGAACCCAUUCAUGAAAUGGGCCGGUCCAAGUCAGCCUUAGUUGUCGGUUCCCACUCAGAAAGGACAACCCACUGAGUUUUGGAGUAGGCUGUGGGUUGGGAUGGGGACUCUGAAACAGACCAUUGAGGGGUGUGUUGUGUUUGUUAGAGCAGAGUCAGGCAGGCCAGGCAGCCCCUCCUUUAUUGCUCAAUGAUGGACACUAUUGUGGAAAAUGUUGUGACACAAAUUAUGAACUCGGGAUGGAACUGUUUUGUCAGCUCUGGGGUAGAACCCAUGGAUUGGGCAUAACUAGAGAAUGGAGCCAGUUCUGCCUCAAUUAUUUUCUUUGCUGCCUCCCUCCCUCUUUCUCCCUCCCCUGAAGGGUCCCUCUUUCUCCCUCCCCUGAAGGGUCCCUCUUUCUCCCUCCCCUGAAGGGUCCCUCUUUCUCCCUCCCCUGAAGGGCCCUCCCUCAGUCUUUCUCCCUCUCCUGAAGGGUCCCUGGUGACCUCUUCAUUUGAGAAUACGUUAUGCUUUUUGUGAUGAUUCUUUCCAGAUGGUUCUUCUCACUUUACUCUGCUGUUGUGCAGUGAUGCAUGAUGGGACAUGGAAGGGACAGUCUUUCUGCCUCAACACAAAUGUUUUUCUGUGGACCAAUUUGGGGGGUGGGGGGCAAGGAACUGGGCAAUGGGGCGAAGUGGAUUGUAGGAAGGGGUUUUGAAUCAUUUUAAGAAAAUGUCUUUUUUUAUUUGACCUUUUUAAGAUCAUGUGACACAAAACGUGCUGGAGACACCGAGCAGCGAAGACCAGGAGUCACCUUUCACCUUUGACCCCUUCCGGAGGUCCCCUGGGUUUUUCCCCCUGAAGUGUGCUCUCAUUCACACCCUCUCAUGGCUUUAAAAAUAAUGGAUUGGCAUAAGAGAGAUGAUGGAAACUCCAAACCAUGCUUAUACCAAUCCAAUGCCUUUGAAUUCAUAAUGGGUAGUGAAGGAGUGUACAUCAGGGAGAAGGAUAGAGAAUUGGUAAGGGGGGGAGGGGGGGGGGGGGGCUGUUGCACUCAGAAGCAAGGAUCUAUUCAGAAGGGUGAAACAUUCAAAGUGUUUUAGAAAUGUAUUAUAUAGAUCAUGACUUCUAGUCACAUGAGAAGGUCUAUUCUAUACAUCACAGUUCUAUGUGCAACAUUCAACCCUAUUGAAUAGACCCUCUGGAUGGUUUGGAAUUCUCUCAGGACAAUGGACAGCUGCAGGGGCCCAAUGACUGAAUGUGUUUGGCCGUCAUUGGUCGCCCUUUAUCCAGUCAGAUCGGUGUGGGCGGGACUCUUAAGUGCGGGGGGGGGGGGGGUGCUGCUCCUAAGCACAGAUCUAGCAUCCAGUCUUACCUGAACUACUAGGGGGAUGACAACAUAUCGGACCCUAUGUCAGUUGUUAGGGGCAUCUUCUACCUACUCCAUGAGGUGAGCUGUGAGUUGGCUAUGUUAGAAUCAUGUACUGUUUCCUGUUUUUAGUGACAUGAUCAAGACCGAAAGCAUAUUUGGUGAAUGUGGUGCUUAGACCCCUAUCUUUAAACCAAUCUCUUCCACACACCCAUACCAACACACAGCCAUCACUAUCCACACAUGUCAACGUUUAUCAUAUCACCAUCAUGACACACACUCCAGUAAUACUAGCGCUAGUGAUGCGCAGGUCAGCUGUUUGUUCACCCGCACCCCCAACAACCCGACUAUAUGUGAUAGUGGAAAUCUGAGGGCUACAUCCAACCCUAACCCGCUAAUAUAGAAAAUGCACUGUUCCCUUUUCUCUUGAACAUUUAUUGAACAAUGAUGUUUUUCUUCAACAUUUAAUCAAUUUAUUGAAUAUUUUGGCCUAUUGAACAGUUGUUUUGCUGAAAAAAAUUUGAAACAAUAGCCUAAAUUGACACCUUUUGCAAAACAAAAUGUGAAACAAUAAAUGGAUAUAUUUUAGCCUCUACCAGCAUAUGAAUUAAAUAAAACAUCUAAUGAAGUGUGUGUGUGUGGGGUGUGUGUGUGUGUGUGGGGGGUGUGUGUGUGUGUGUGUGUGUGUGUGUGUGUGUGUGUGUGUGUGUGUGUGUGUGUGUGUGUGUGUGUGUGUGUGUAUAUAUUUCUUUUGACUAUUUUCUAUGGCUUAGAAAAUACACUAUUACACAAAAUAAAGUUUAGAAACCCAAAGUAGCCGCUGUCCAGUUGAUACUAUAACGGCCUACUUUCCUCAUUCUUUUGCAGCACUGUUGGGAAAUAAAAUAGCGCCCUCUGUGCUAGGUUAGUUGGCACGCGGAGCCUGCAGUUAGGCCCUGAAGCUUAGGUUUACACACUCAUUUUUCUAAUUAAAGAAAAACCUCAAUGUAGCCUAUAGAUAUGAGUUACACAAUUAAACAUGUACAGAUUUUUUUUUAAAUCCCCCCCCCCCUUCACUUUAUUCCACCUGCCACCCACCCACCCUUCAUCCACCCACCCACCCUUCAUCCACACAAUAUUUCAGGACCCUAAAACCCUUGCCCUGCGGAUAUAACCAUGGGGACUGCGGGUUAUGAGUCAACCCGUGCAUCACUAACUAUUGCUGCCUCUCUCCCACACACACACACACACACACACCUCUCUCCCCCCACACACACCUCCAUCACCAUCUUAGUAUGUUUUAUGCCCCUCUUGUGUUUGACUAAAAUGUUGUAAUAUUUGUGUGUACAGCAGUAUUUUAAUAAAGAAUACCAAAACAUA